CAUCAUUCCUAUAGGCUCACCCCCUAUUACAUGGGAUUUAGGUAUAACACAAAUGGUGAAAAGACUGCCUCGUUGACCGAGUGGUUGCAAGUGCGACUGCCGAGCAAGGGAUCUCGGGUUCGAUUCCCGGGUCGGGCGAAGUAUUACUGGGCUUUUUUCGGUUUUUCGAAAAAAUUCUCAGUGGUAGCACGGAGUCUGGAAUUGUGCCCGGUAUAUGGCAAUAGGCUCACCCCCUAUUACAUGGGACUUAUAACACAAAUGGUGAAAAGUGUGUGUACAUUGUAUAGCGGCAUUACGUGCCGUAAUGUGCACCUCUGCCUACCAUAUCGGGGAUAGAAGGCGUAACGUGGACUUUGCUCAUCAAUCCUAUUAUGGACCAUAAUACCUCAAUAAAAUAAUUAAUGGUAUUAAACCAUAAUUUAUGGUAUUGAGGUAAACGAAACAAACUGUUCUUUGUAUUAAAAUAUUAAUGUGGGAAUUCCAGUAGAGUCCAAUAAUGAAAUAAGUAAUAAUUAACAUUUAACUAAUAUAAUCACAUGGUUUUGCUCGCUUUUUAUUCGGGCCGGUAAACGAGUAGGCAAAAAGUAGUCUAUGUGUUAUUCCAGACCAUAAUCCACCCCUGUACCAAAUUUCAUCUCGAUACUUUCAGCGGGUUUGACAUCAAGGAUUAGUUACUUUCCCAUUUAUUUAAGUGCGGGAGAGCCAUACUUCGGCACUGCUGGGCCGGCUCGACCGGAGUGAUACCACGGCCGAGCAGUAUACCGACGUGGAACAACGCUUGCGUUGUGUGAGUGAGGUUACCGGAGAUCCAAUUACCCCAAUUCCCAAUCUUUCCAAUCUCCAACAACCCUUAAAUUCCGAACCCCCAAAAGGCCGGCAACGCACUUGUAACGCCUCUAUUAUUUCAAGUGUCCAUGGGCGACGGCAAUUGCUUAGCAUCAGGUGAUACGUCUGCUCGUUUACCGGCUAAUACCAUAAAAAAAUAAAUAUAAUAUUACUAUGACUAUGCAAACAAACAAACAAAUCAUUCCUCUACCUAUAUUAUUACAUUUUACUAAAAUAUAGAUAAUGUAAAUAAGGAAAAAAUAUUGUUUAUACAAAGUCUACGUAUUUAAUGCGCUGUUCAGACACCACAUCGUCAUAUUCCGUGUACAACCAGUGAACAUCACAAGUGUAAUUUCACAACUCAGUCUCGCAUAUAGUGAGCAAACAAACAGUGAAACAUCAUCAUCAUCAUCAUCAUCAUCAGCCUCUCCAACGGCACGCCAGUGACGAUCUUCAGCUCUACGCAUCCAACCACUACCAGCCACUCUGCAGACAUCGUCAUUCCACCCAGCUGGAGGGUUUAAUUAAGUAUCAACUCAAGGAUCGAACCCAAGGCAUCCGGAGCUGCGGACUACCCCGAUACUGCGGACUCCCCGAUACUGCGGACUACCUAGCGGGUUUACCAGGGCUCCGGCUCGAUAAGCAGGAGUAGGAACGUGGUGGUGUUUAGUCAGUAAGAGUCUGACACUCCCUCACGCCUUGCCCGGGCGAGAGAAGUCAUUGGAUGAUUUUCCAACUUAAAAAAAAGGCAUCGUCAUGUGGUCGCCACUGCUUGCAAUCAUCGCCUUGUGUAUAACGAUAUCUCAUUCUCACGAUGGAUCCCAGGAUCGGAAUAUCGUCAAACCGAUUACCGGUCAAGCAAUCAAUACGAACCGGGUAAGAAGAUUUUUAACCGGGGCCAGUUAUCCAGGAACACUACAUAACAGAACAACCGGAUAUAACAUUGUAAAACCCGGUUAUAAUAUAAACCAGAAUACAACACAGCAAUAUGUGAAUAAUUUCAAUUUUAGCAAACCUGGAAUGUAUCGUUCUAACGUAAAUUCAAAUAGCGUUAACUCUGCCUACCCCACAACGACUGGGCACAGACAAUAUCCGGGUAGCUAUGCAAAACAUCAAGCACCGCUACCAGGACCAAAUAACAGCUUUCCAGCUCCUAAAGCAAACUUAACUCGGAAUAAUCACCAUAGCUACCCGGUUUCUAGCACAACGAGACCCUUAUACCCACCAUACCCGGGUUAUUAUACCAAAAAUCAAGCAACAACUCUGCCAAAUAACCAGUUUCCAAAUCCUAAUCAGAAUACCCAUCACAGCUACCCGGUGUCAAGCACAAUGAGACCCGGAUAUACACCAAACUGGGGUAACUAUAGCAACAACCAAACAUCAACUCUACAGCCAAAUAAGAACUUACGAAAUCCUACUCAAAAUAAUAACCACAGCUACCCGGCUUCAAGCACAAUGAGACCCGGAUAUACACCAAACUGGGGUAACUAUAGCAACAACCAAACAUCAACUCUACAGCCAAAUAAGAACUUACGAAAUCCUACUCAAAAUAAUCACCACAGCUACCCGGUUUCAAGCACAAUGAGACCCGGAUAUCCACAAAACCCAAGUAACCAUCCCAGCUACCCAGCACAGGUUAACUGGCGCAUUAAAAACAUGCCAACUACUAAUGCAACUUCCUUUAAACCUGGACGUAACAACAGCAAUCGCUACCCGGUUUCUAACACAGGGAAACCCGGAUAUAACAAUUCUAAUUCUAAGGGUGAGCCAACGGAUAUGGAUGCUGAAGCUAUAAAGGGUAAUGGCAACUGUCCUGAAGGUACGAAACUAUAUACAUAUACUAAUCAGUGCGUAAACGAAACUGAACUUAUAUACUAUGAUGACUUUGAAUAAUCUAUAUCUAUUAUCUAUACUAUUAAUAUAUCUACAAUGUGAUAGGGGUGACACUUAUAACCCGUUAAGGCUGUGUACUAAAUCUAAUGUUAUCGACAAAAAAUAAUCUUUAUUUUCAUAUACUAUAAAUUUUAUUUAAGGACGCGUUCUCAUAAUUGAUAGGUAUCAAAUCGCAUCACUACAUUGACACGACUCUCGACAAUACACACAUACGCACGGAUAGCUGCGGAAAUUAUGACAAAAUGAACUUGAUACUUUGAAAGUUUGAAUAUUUUCUUACUUUCUUUUUUAAUAUUUUUAUUUUGUUUAGUG